AUGGAAGUUAUAAGCCGCCGAGAGACGCAGCAGGAGCGCGAAGAACGAGUUUUUGAGGAUGCCUCAAAACCAGAGGAUCUGUUUGUAAAACCGUGGCCGUCGAGGCCGCCUGUCUAACUUCAGAGGCCCAGGACGACGGUAAAUGUUCUCGAUACGGUCCUCGCAGUUUUUCAUCCAAUUUCUUGCCACCUGAACCACUCUCUUAGUCAUCGACCCCCGACGAGUUUUCGUUUUUGCCACUUUCGAUUUGCCAUUCUCUGCGUGAUCAGCUUGUUCCUGCCAUUUGUUGUGUCAUUGGCCUCUACCAGCCAUCGAACAGUUUUUCUUUUCUUUCCACUGUCUUCUUUCACUUUAUUCCUCAAAAGCUUAGAAAUAUUGAUGCUAAAAUCUGGUCUGUGCAGAGGUCAAUCGGAGUAGUAGCUCGUGAGAAAAGUUUUUGUUUUAGACGUUGAACUUUGUUAGAACAUUUCGCUCAAAUUCAGGCUUUGUUUCGAACAUUGGGAAAAGUUCGAAGCGAUCCAUCAAUAAGAAAGUUCAGAAUAAGCAGCGAUUACAAAGUGAGCGCUUUUUCACGGUAAAACGAAACAAAAUGGCGUCGGCGACAGUCUUCGCCGUGCUGCUCUCUUCAUUUGCAUGCACGACAUCUGCGCCUAUGCAUUCCGAGGUAGCUUCUCAUACGCAAGGUUUCUUUUCAUUACGCUUUUUUCAGUUUUGAGAGCCUUAAACACAUAUUAUGAAAUCCCGAAAAGAUUAUAUUACAGUUCAUAAUUCUCCGGCUAUCACGAAUGAACGGUCCAAACUUGAGAUAAAUUUCAACAUGUUCAGAUCCGAAAUCGAAUGAAGAAGUGUCAAAGAUCCUCUUUGGAGAAAGAGGGGUUCUAACAGGAAUUUUCCGAAUGAUGGACCAGCAAAGAAAAAUUCAGCCGCCCGUGGCGAAUGCCCAGCAGGAUCCUUCUGAGAGCAGCAAGAUCGGUUGGCCUGAAGUAGUAAAACGAAACUUGACGCUUUUAGGAAAAUUUGAUUUCAAAAAAAUUGUUGACACAUUAGUAAUGGGAACGGAUAAAGGCGAGCUGGGAGACACGGGUGUCGAAUUACCUGAGGUUUGGUUUAUUUCCUUUUCCGCAAUUUGAUCUAAUUUCAGGUUCUUGGGAUCUGCAACCGUUUGAGCUGCGGUGACAUUUACAAAGCGAUUGACAAGUUCAGAAAGUCGGAGAUGUUCAGCAAUUUCCAGGUUUUCUCUUAUAAACGAAAAAUUUUUGUUCAGCGAGAACAUUUUCUUAUAUUUUUAUCUUGAAAAUUAUAUUUUUCAGACUGCUCUGACUCUAGUUCAAGAUCCAAACGGAUGGGAAACGAUUGGAAAGCUUCUAUCAAAUCCUGAACUCAUAUCGCAGUUCACCAGCGGAAGUGGAAUGGAAGAGUUUUUUGGCAGCGCUUUGGGCGAAGCCAAGAAAGAAAGCUCACAAGGUAUGUUUUAUUCCAAAGAAAACUUUCACAAACAAUAUUUCGCAGCAAAAACUAAAAAUUCACGACUGAUGCCGGAAGACGGAGACUUUGGGACUGAUUUCAGCGAGGAUGGAGAAGGAGAAUCUGUUGGCACCGGAGACAAAAAUGCCGAAAUAGGUUUCAGUGUUGAUAAGCCCACGACUGAAGAUUAUUAUGGAGAAGUGAGUGAUUUGAAGAUUCUUCAACAAUGGAGUUUUGCAGGUCAAGAAGAACGGAGACACAGAAGACUAUGAACAUGUUGACGUCGAUGUUGACGUCGCUCCACCAGAAGCCAGUAGUUCCACUACAGUAGCACCAGCAAAGUCUUUUCCAGUCGACAUUGAAGGUUUCAAACAGAUCGGAAAAUCUUUAAUAAAAAGACUCCAGAAAAAUUACCUCCAGUUUCUUUUUCCAUCGACCGUGAAGAACCUGAAGAGACUGAAACAAUCGAAGUUGUGGAACAAUUGCCAAAAAUAACAAUAAAUGUAUUUGAAAGCUUUAAUUUCAUCUUAUAGCUUCAUUUCAGAGAAAGAUACCUUCUGGAAAUCUCAAAGCUUCUGGAAUAUCUAGUUCGCAGCCAAAAAGAGAAGAAGUUGCGUUCAGACCGACCAAAGUGAGCUUUUUCCUACAAUUUAAAAAAUUUGAAAUUGUACGGUCCGAAAAAUUUUCACAUUGAAACUUUAUAUAAAUCAAGUUUUUGUUCGAUGUUUUGAAAGCAGUUUGAAGCUCGUGAACUUUUUCGCAACAAAAGAAAACCCAAAAAGUGACUAAAUCCGAAAAUUUCGCUUUUUGUCCGCUGCCAAGGUAAUUUUUUGCAAGUGAAACUGCAAUUUUAUUUUUUCGUCAAGCGGAAAAUAUAUAACAGCUUUUAUAUCCAGAUUUCCGCCAACUUGCGACCGACGACGUCAAAAACGACUUCCAAGCCAUCAACAACAUCUACGAAGCCGCCGACGACGACGUCGACAACAACAAUUAAGACGACGACCGCCAAAAACUUUCGGAAGGACAGCGAUUAUUAUGUCAUGUACUACGAUGAAAACAACAACUGA